AUGUUGAAAUUCGUCUACCUGUCGUUACUUGGUAUAAUACCCGCCAGCUUGGCACACGGCUCGCACGAAGAAAGUGGUCCUGCCCAUGGAGAAUCAAUCCAAGAGUAUGCUCAACGACACAUGUCGUCUGAACAUCAUAUAGAUUCAUUCGAUGUGCGAAGCUUCUUCCAAUUGCAUGAUCUGAACAGGAACGGAUUUUGGGAAAAAGAGGAAAUUGAAGCCAUCUAUGGUGUUCACCACGUAUAUUCGCAGAAAAAGUCUAAGGAUGAUAUCGAGCACCAGAAAAAGGCAGACCAUAUUGUAUCGGUAGUUCUACAGAAACUUGAUCUCAAUGGAGAUGGCCUCGUGUCUCCCGAAGAGCUCGAAAAGGUUGGGUUAGCAGGGCUACCCAACUUUGAUGGUCUGGGUGCUGAAGGCCACCAUUAUGAUGUAGAGAGUGAAUUCUUCCUUCAUCACGAAGAACAGUUCCAUUCCACUCCAGAGACCCAGACAGACGAGUCGUAUACCCACCCCGAAGAUCUGGAACAUUUUGCCCAACACGAGUCAAUUGAACGCAAAGAGGCAGAGCGAGAAGCAAAAUUCCAGGGCGUCACCGUCGAGGAAAUAGUGCAGGAACAGGAGAAGGCGGCAGAACAGGCUAAAGUAGCUGCUCAAGCAGCUGCCCAAGCGGCGGCGGCAGCAGCAGCAGCACAAGAGCGUGCUUUUCCCGCUUCGAAACCAGUAACAAGGGUGACCCCUCCAGAAAAACAGGAUCCGGAAGUCAAGUACAAGAACGCCGGCUCAGAAGGUGUUCGCAAAGGAGAAUGGGGAACCGGCGACCAGGGGUACAAACCUCCUACAGACCCAAGCGAUAAACUCAGGAAAAACCUUCCGUACAAGAACACCCGCAUGCAGUACAAGUUCCGCCGCAAUUGGGGCGACUUCUGA